AUGUCGGCGUCGUCGUCGCGCACGGCUUCACCGGUCCGCGCGGCACCACGUGAGGCGCGACCUCCACCACCGGUCGAUGCGACACGUCUACUCGACGAUUCCUUUGGCCUCUCCGAACCCGUGAGUUACCCCUUCUAGGCCGUCCUCGAAGAUGCAAGACUUAACGUGAUCUGAAUUCCUCUCGCGAAUUUGAUUACCUUGCCCACCGUUCCGCUCACGACGACGCUCGUCUACGGCGCGCUCAACGCUCUUUUACCGCUCGGCCCCGUCCCCUUCCUCAAGCCCAGUUCUGCCAAGUGCUCUCCCAAGUAUUCCGCAAAUACGCAUCCAUGACCUCCCUCCCCCCUGCCCCCUUGACCGAAGGCGUUUCCUUGCCGGACCCUGAAGAACCCGAACAAGCGACGCUCAAGGGUCAACCGACUUUGGGGAGGGCGCAGUUGAACGCGUUCGCCAAGGAUACGAAUGGGCAGGUCAUGGAUGAUGAGACGUACAAGGAGAUUGCGUGCGUUAUGUCGGGCUGGUAUUUCCGUUGCAAGGUGUCAGAUACUGAUCCGAGAUUAAGAUGGGUUCGUUUGCAGAGAAUUCUUGACUUGCACGACCGGCGUUGAUGGAGCGCCGGCUUUGACCUUUAAAGGUUUCGUCCAGCUCUACCAAUUGCAAACAGGUACGCCCUCUCGGCGCGUCGGCUUUCAGUGUUAUUCGGAUUGAUCUGAUUUGUUCCUUUUCGUGAUGGAAUCAAUCACAGAGAAUGACAUCAACGAGACGUGGAACGAUCUGACGCGUGUGUUCAACCCCCCAAAACCCUUCUCGUUUCUUCCGAAAGCAGCGAGCUGACCCUGUUUUUCCCUUCUCGGACCGGAUCCAGAAUGGGGCUACGACCGAGACCUUCAGCUCGUAGGAAACAAUACCCCAGCAGCAGCAGCAGCAACAGCGACAGAAACCCCCGCUGCGACGAGUGGGACAACGCCGACUUUGGAUGAAGGUGUGGCGAAGAAGAAGAAGAAGAAUAAGAAGAAGAAGAGCAAGGCGUCUUUGAUGCUUGAGGGCACUUUGGAGGGCCAGAAUGGGGAGGAUGGGAAGUCGUCGACGAGUGGUGGGGAGAGUACAGAGUGA